UGGCUGUGCUAUUCACAUACGUAAUUAGGAGCUGAUGCUCUAUCAGGCUUGCUCUUGCCCAGUGCUGCUCAGGAGGGAGGACUGGAGAGGCUUUGCUCCUAAGGAUAUUUACUAGAUGUUGCUGUGAGUGGGGGAGAGACAGAAGAAUACCCUCAAAAUGGAGGAAGAAGAAUAUGAGGAAGUUGUGGAGUAUUACAUUGAAGAGACAACUAUUGAAGAGGGUGAGCCAUAUGAGGUGGUCACUGAGAUCACUGAGACUGUUAGUACAGACUUCACAGGUCCUAAAACUACUACCUAUACUGUUGAACGUGAAAAAUCUGUUGAACAUGACAAAUCUGUUGAACAUGAAAAAUCUGUUGAAGAUGCAGCACCUCCAGUCAGAAAGAAGACAAUACGGACAAAAGUGGACCCAUCUAAGUUUUUGACACCUUACCUGCAACACAGUAAUAAAAUGAAGGACCUGUUCAGUGAAAACAAGUAUAAAGAAAAAUUUAGAAAAGAAAGAGGAAAGCCAUAUGCUUCCACAGUUGAUACUCCAGAAAUUCGGAGAAUAAAGAAAGUGCAAGACCAGCUCAGUGAGGUUAAAUACCGCAUGGCUGGUGAAGUUGCUAAAACUAUUUGCCAUGUUGAUGAAAAGGCCAUGGAUAUAGAACAUGCAAAGAAGGUGUCACAGCAAGUGAGCAAGGUAUUAUACAAACAGAACUGGGAGGAGAAUAAAGACAAGUACCUGCUUCCCCCUGAUGCUCCAGAACUUGUGAAUGCAAUAAAAAACACAGCAAUGUUCAGCAAGAAACUCUAUACUGAAGACUGGGAAGGAGACAAAACAUUAUUCUAUCCAUACAAUGACAGUCCAGAGCUCAGGAGGGUGGCUCAGGCUCAGAAGACUCUGAGUGAUAUUGUCUACAAAAAAGGGCAUGAUGAACGAAAAUCUAAAUAUACUCCUCUGGCAGAUCCACCUGAUGUGGAACAAGCCAAGAAAGUGACAAGGCAGCUGAGUGAUAUUAUUUACCAUGAGGACUAUAAAAACAAGAUCAAAGGCAAAUGGACUCAAACUCCAUGCUAUGAUGUUGCAAUUGCAAAAAUGAACGCAGAAAAUCUAAGCAUGAGAAAAUACCAAGAAGACUUUGAAAACAUGAAAGACCAAAUCUACUUUAUGCAGACUGAAACUCCAGAAUACGAAGCUAAUAAGCGAGUUUCAAACAACGUCAGUAAGGUAAAAUACAGAGCAGACUAUGAAAAGAACAAAGCUAUUGCAGAUUAUAACGUGCUUCCUGCUACAGAGAACCCAUUGCUGAAGCAAUUAAAAGCUGCAGGAAAUGCGCUGAGUGAUAAAUUAUACAAAGAAGCCUAUGAACAAUCAAAAGGAACCAGCAUUAAUUACUGUGACACACCAAAGUUCCAGACUGAUAGUGUUCUGAAGAAUUUUAGUGACGUAAAAUACAAAGAUGCAUAUCAAAAAAAUAUUUUAGGACACUAUGUGGGCAGCUUUGAGGACCCACAUCAGAUACACUGCAUGAAAGUUGAAGCUAUGAAGAGCGAUAAAAAUUACAAAGCAGAGUAUGAAGAGGAAAAGACAAGAUGCUACUUCCCUCAGACCAUAACUCAGGAGUAUGAAGCAAUUAAGAAGUUAGAGCAGUGUAAGGAUCACACCUACAAAAAGCAUCCUGAUCAAACCAAAUUUACUCAAGUGACUGACUCUCCAGUACAGAAGCAAGCAGAGAUCAAUAGCAAACAGCUGAGUGAUAUAAUAUAUAAAUCCAAAGGUGAAGAAAUUAUUCAUAAGUACCACCUCCCUCCAGAUGUGCCCCAGUUUAUACAGGCUAAAGUUAAUGCCUACAAUAUUAGUGAUAACUAUUACAAAAUGGGAUUGGAAGAAUUAAAAUCAAAGGGAUAUGAUCUAAAAAGUGAUGCUAUUCCUAUCCAAGCUGCCAAGGCUGCUAGGCAGGCUGUCAGUGAUGUUAACUAUAAAAAAGCCUAUGAACUUGCCAAGGGUAAACUUGUUGGCUUCAGGAGCAUCCAAGAUGAUCCCAAACUCGUUCAUUCUAUGAAGGUAGCCAAGAUGCAGUCUGAGCGAGAGUACAAGAAGGAUUAUGAGAAGACAAAAACUAAGUACAACAUUCCAUUGGAUAUGGUCAAUGUUGUUGGUGCCAAGAAGGCUCAAGAGAUUGCCAGCAACACUAAUUACAAGAACCUCCUCCACCAUUAUACUUACUUACCAGAUGCAAUGAAUGUGGAGCUUUCCAAGAAUAUGAUGGAGAUUCAGAGUGAUAAUGUGUACAAAGCUGAUUAUAAUAACUGGAUGAAAGGCAUUGGUUGGGUCCCCAUUGGAUCACUAGAAGUAGAAAAAGCUAAAAAAGCUGGAGAUGCCUUGAAUGAAAAGAAAUACCGCCAGCAUCCGGACACCAUUAAAUUUACAAGUGUGGUGGACUCUCCAGUAAUGGUCCAAGCCAAACAGAAUUCCGUUCAACUCAAUGAUAAACUAUAUAGAUCUUCUGGAGAGGAAGUUAAACAUAAAUAUACUCUAAGCCCGGAUAUUCCACAGUUUAUCCAAGCUAGAUACAAUGCAGCUAAUAUCAGUGACGCUUAUUAUAAACAAGGCUACCAUGAUCUAAUAGCUAAAGGGAACAAGGUUUCUCUUGAUGCUAUUCCAAUUACUCUAGCCAAGGCUUCGAGAAACAUCGCUAGUGAUUAUAAAUAUAAAGAAUCAUAUGAGAAGGCUAAAGGAAAACAGGUUGGUUUCAGAAGCCUGCAAGAUGACCCUAAGCUUGUUCACUACAUGAAUGUAGCAAAGAUUCAGUCUGAACGCGAGUACAAGAAAGACUAUGAGAAGACCAAGACUAACUAUCAUGCAACUCCUGACAUGUACAGUAUCCAGGCGGCUAAACAGUCUCAGGACGUAGCUUCUAAUGCUCAUUACAAAAACCUGAUCCAUCACUACACUUACCUGCCAGAUGCCAUGGAUGUUGAGCUUGCGAAGAACAUGAUGCAAAUUCAGAGUGAUAAUGCGUACAAACAGGAUUAUAACAGCUGGUUCAAGGGUAUUGGCUGGAGUCCUCUUGGUUCUCUGGAUGUUGAAAAAGCUAAAAAGGCUGGGGAGGCAUUAAAUGAAAAGAAAUACCGUCAGCACCCAGACACCAUCAAAUUUACAAGUAUACCAGAUUCAAUGCCAAUGGUUUUAGCUCAGCACAACACGAAGCAGCUGAGUGAUGUAACAUACAAACAAGAAGGCGAAAAACUGAAACACAAAUAUACGCUGGAUCCUGAUGUUCCUCAGUUUAUUCAAGCCAGAGUUAAUGCCUACAAUUUGAGUGAUGCUAACUACAAAGCAGACUGGAAAAAGACCAUAGCAAAAGGAUAUGAUCUGAAACCAGAUGCCAUUCCUAUCAUUGCUGCUAAGGCUUCUCGGAAUAUUGCAAGUGAUUACAAGUACAAGGAAUCAUAUGAGAAAGGUAAAGGCAAACAGGUUGGAUACCGUAGCCUGCAGGAUGAUCCUAAACUUGUUCAUUACAUGAACGUGGCCAAAAUGCAAUCAGAUCGUGAAUAUAAAAAGGAUUAUGAAGUCACCAAGACCAAAUAUCAUACUCCAUUGGAUAUGUUCAGUGUGACGGCUGCCAAGAAAGCCCAGGAAGUGAUUACAAAUACUGGCUAUAAGCAGCCAAUUCACAAUUAUACACUCUUGCCUGAUUCUGUGAAUCUGGAGCUAUCAAGAAAUGUGAUGCAGCUUCAGAGUGAUAAUGUUUACAAAUCAGACUUUAAUAACUGGUUGAGAGGAGUUGGCUGGGUACCAAUUCAGUCACUGGAUGUAGAAAAGGCCAAAAAAGCUACAGAGAUUCUCAGUGAGAAGAAGUACCGCCAGCACCCAGACAAGCUGAAGUACUCCAUUACAAUGGAUGCCAUGGAGCAAGUGCUAGCUAAGCAAAAUGCCAAGACCAUGAAUAAGAGACUCUACACUGAUAAAUGGAAUAAAGAGAAGACCAGCAUUCAUGUUAUGCCAGAUACUCCAGAAAUUCUGCAGUCUAGAGUGAACCAGAUCACAAUGAGUAAUAAACUUUACAAAGCUGGGUGGGAGGAAGACAAGAAGAAAGGUUAUGACUUGCAGCCAGACGCCAUUCCAAUAAAAGCAGCCAAAGCCUCCAGAGACAUUGCAAGUGAUUAUAAAUACAAACUAGCCUAUGAAAAAGCAAAAGGAAAGCAUAUUGGAUUCCGCAGCCUUGAAGACGACCCCAAGUUGGUGCACUUCAUGCAGGUCGCUAAGAUGCAAUCUGAUCGUGAAUACAAAAAAGACUAUGAGAAAGCAAAGACUAAUUUCCAUACUCCAGUUGACAUGUUCAGUGUUGUGGCAGCCAAAAAAGCACAGGAAGUGGCUACAAAUGUAAACUACAAAAACUUGAUUCAUACCUACAGUGUUCUGCCUGAUGCUAUGAGUCUUGAAUUAGCCAAAACCAUGAUGCAGAUACAGAGUGAUAACCAAUACCGAGCAGAAUAUGAUGAAAGUAUGAAGGGUGUUGGAUGGGUACCACUGGGCUCCCUGGAAGCUGAAAAGAAUAAGAAAGCAAUGGAAAUUCUUAGUGAAAAGAAGUAUCGCCAGCAUCCAGACAAGCUGAAGUAUUCUGUUCCUCUAGAUUCCAUGAACAUGGCCUUAGCUUUAAAUAAUGCUAAAAUCAUGGAUGAGCACAAGUACAAACAAGCAUGGGAAGAAGACAAAAGGAAAGUUCACAUCACACCAGAUAUUCCACAGAUUGCUUUGGCAAAAGUUAAUGCAUUUAAUCUAAGUGAUAAAAUGUACAGACUUUCUUUUGAAGAAUCUAGGAAAAAAGGAUAUGACCUUAGAGCUGAUGCUAUCCCUAUUAAAGCUGCCAAAGCUUCUAGGGAUAUUGCUAGUGAUUACAAAUACAAAUUAGGUUAUGAACAAGACAAGGGAAAACUUGUAGGCUUCCGCAGCCUUCAGGAUGAUCCCAAACUUGUCCAUUACAUGCAAGUAGCUAAGAUGCAGUCGGAUCGCGAGUACAAGAAAGGUUAUGAGGCGAGCAAGACACAUUACCAUACGCCUUCUGAUACGCUCAGCAUUGUAGCAGCUAAGGAGGCACAAGAUCGCAUAACCAAUACUAACUACAAACGACUGAUUCACAAAUAUAUGCUGCUACCAGAUGCAAUGAGUUUAGAACUGUACAGAAACAUGAAUCAGAUACAAAGUGAUAACGAGUACAAGCAGGAAUAUAAUGAGUACUUCAAGGGUAUUGGUUGGAGUCCUGCUGGCUCCCUCGAUGUGGAGAAAUCUAAGAAAGCCAUGGAAAUUGCAAGUGAUCAGAAAUACCGCCAGCAUCCCAGCAUGUUCCACUUUACAAAACAGAACGAUUCCAUGGACAUGGUCCUUGCAAAGCAGAAUGCAAAUAUAAUGAACAAACAUGCUUAUACUGAAGCGUGGGAGAAGGAUAAAAUUCAGGUUCAUGUGAUGCCAGAUACGCCAGAUAUUCUACAGGCAAAACAGAACAAGGCGAACUACAGUCAGAAACUCUACAGGCUUGGCUGGGAGCAGAUGAUAAAGAAAGGCUAUGACCUCACACCUGAAGCCAUUUCAGUGAAAACUGCCAAAGCUUCAAGGGACAUUGCAAGUGACUACAAGUACAAAGAAGGUUACCGCAAGCAGCAGGGACAUCACAUUGGAUUCCGCAGCUUACAGGAUGAUCCUAAGAUGCUGUGGUCUAUGCAAGUUGCGAAGAUGCAGAGUGAGAGGGAAUACAAGAAAGAUUUUGAAAAGUGGAAGACAAAGUUUAAUAUGCCCGUGGAUAUGCUCGGCUUCCUUCUGGCUAAGAAAUGUCAGGAAUUGGUUAGUGAUGUAGACUACAAAAGAGUGCUACACCGCUGGACUUGUCUGCCAGACCAGAUUGAUGUCGAGCAGGCAAAGAGGGUCUAUGAACUACAGAGUGAUAAUGUAUACAAGUCUGACCUUACAUGGCUGAGGGGCAUUGGCUGGUCCCCGAUUGGUUCGCUGGACAACGAGAAGAAUAAGAGGGCGAGCCUCAUCCUGAGUGACAAGAAGUAUCGGCAACACCCGGACACCAUCAAAUUCACGAGUCUUCCCGACUCAAUGCCCAUGGUUCUGGCAAAGCACAACUCUGAAAUCAUGAACCAGCGUGCGUACACGUCAGCCUGGGAGAAAGAUAAAACCAGCAUUCACAUUAUGCCGGAUACACCUGGUAUUUUGCUGGCCCAGCAGAACAAAGUGAACUACAGUGAGAAACUGUACCGACUUGCGAUGGAGGAAGAUAAGAAAAAGGGCUAUGACAUGCGAGCAGAUGCCAUUCCCAUCACAUCUGCUAAAGCUUCCAGAGACAUUGCAAGUGAUUACAAGUACAAGGAAGGCUAUCGCAAGCAGCUUGGCCACCAUAUUGGAGCCCGUAACAUAGAGGACGAUCCAAAGAUGAUGUGGUCGAUGCACGUAGCCAAGAUCCAGAGCGACAGGGAGUACAAGAAAGCCUUUGAGAAGACAAAGACACACUUCAGUAGCCCAGUGGAUAUGCUGGGAAUCGUGUUGGCCAAGAAAUGUCAGGAGCUGGUCAGUGAUGUUGAUUACAAGCACCCUCUGCAUCGGUGGACCUGUCUGCCGGACCAGAAUGACGUUGUGCAAGCCAGGAAAGUGUACGACCUCCAGAGUGAUAAUGUGUACAAGUCUGACCUUACAUGGCUGAGGGGCAUUGGCUGGUCCCCGAUUGGUUCGCUGGACGACGAGAAGAAUAAGAGGGCGAGCCUCAUCCUGAGUGACAAGAAGUAUCGGCAACACCCAGACACCAUCAAAUUCACGAGUCUUCCCGACUCAAUGCCCAUGGUUCUGGCAAAGCACAACUCUGAAAUCAUGAACCAGCGUGCGUACACGUCAGCCUGGGAGAAAGAUAAAACCAGCAUUCACAUUAUGCCGGAUACACCUGGUAUUUUGCUGGCCCAGCAGAACAAAGUGAACUACAGUGAGAAACUGUACCGACUUGCGAUGGAGGAAGAUAAGAAAAAGGGCUAUGACAUGCGAGCAGAUGCCAUUCCUAUCACAUCUGCUAAAGCUUCCAGAGACAUUGCAAGUGAUUACAAGUACAAGGAAGGCUAUCGCAAGCAGCUUGGCCACCAUAUUGGAGCCCGUAACAUAGAGGACGAUCCAAAGAUGAUGUGGUCGAUGCACGUAGCCAAGAUCCAGAGCGACAGGGAGUACAAGAAAGCCUUUGAGAAGACAAAGACACACUUCAGUAGCCCAGUGGAUAUGCUGGGAAUCGUGUUGGCCAAGAAAUGUCAGGAGCUGGUCAGUGAUGUUGAUUACAAGCACCCUCUGCAUCGGUGGACCUGUCUGCCGGACCAGAAUGACGUUGUGCAAGCCAGGAAAGUGUACGACCUCCAGAGUGAUAAUGUGUACAAGUCUGACCUUACAUGGCUGAGGGGCAUUGGCUGGUCCCCGAUUGGUUCGCUGGACGACGAGAAGAAUAAGAGGGCGAGCCUCAUCCUGAGUGACAAGAAGUAUCGGCAACACCCGGACACCAUCAAAUUCACGAGUCUUCCCGACUCAAUGCCCAUGGUUCUGGCAAAGCACAACUCUGAAAUCAUGAACCAGCGUGCGUACACGUCAGCCUGGGAGAAAGAUAAAACCAGCAUUCACAUUAUGCCGGAUACACCUGGUAUUUUGCUGGCCCAGCAGAACAAAGUGAACUACAGUGAGAAACUGUACCGACUUGCGAUGGAGGAAGAUAAGAAAAAGGGCUAUGACAUGCGAGCAGAUGCCAUUCCCAUCACAUCUGCUAAAGCUUCCAGAGACAUUGCAAGUGAUUACAAGUACAAGGAAGGCUAUCGCAAGCAGCUUGGCCACCAUAUUGGAGCCCGUAACAUAGAGGACGAUCCAAAGAUGAUGUGGUCGAUGCACGUAGCCAAGAUCCAGAGCGACAGGGAGUACAAGAAAGCCUUUGAGAAGACAAAGACACACUUCAGUAGCCCAGUGGAUAUGCUGGGAAUCGUGUUGGCCAAGAAAUGUCAGGAGCUGGUCAGUGAUGUUGAUUACAAGCACCCUCUGCAUCGGUGGACCUGUCUGCCGGACCAGAAUGACGUUGUGCAAGCCAGGAAAGUGUACGACCUCCAGAGUGAUAAUGUGUACAAGUCUGACCUUACAUGGCUGAGGGGCAUUGGCUGGUCCCCGAUUGGUUCGCUGGACGACGAGAAGAAUAAGAGGGCGAGCCUCAUCCUGAGUGACAAGAAGUAUCGGCAACACCCAGACACCAUCAAGUUCACGAGUCUUCCCGACUCAAUGCCCAUGGUUCUGGCAAAGCACAACUCUGAAAUCAUGAACCAGCGUGCGUACACGUCAGCCUGGGAGAAAGAUAAAACCAGCAUUCACAUUAUGCCGGAUACACCUGGUAUUUUGCUGGCCCAGCAGAACAAAGUGAACUACAGUGAGAAACUGUACCGACUUGCGAUGGAGGAAGAUAAGAAAAAGGGCUAUGACAUGCGAGCAGAUGCCAUUCCCAUCACAUCUGCUAAAGCUUCCAGAGACAUUGCAAGUGAUUACAAGUACAAGGAAGGCUAUCGGAAGCAGCUUGGCCACCAUAUUGGAGCCCGUAACAUAGAGGAUGAUCCAAAGAUGAUGUGGUCGAUGCACGUAGCCAAGAUCCAGAGCGACAGGGAGUACAAGAAAGCCUUUGAGAAGACAAAGACACACUUCAGUAGCCCAGUGGAUAUGCUGGGAAUCGUGUUGGCCAAGAAAUGUCAGGAGCUGGUCAGUGAUGUUGAUUACAAGCACCCUCUGCAUCGGUGGACCUGUCUGCCGGACCAGAAUGACGUUGUGCAAGCCAGGAAAGUGUACGACCUCCAGAGUGAUAAUGUGUACAAGUCUGACCUUACAUGGCUGAGGGGCAUUGGCUGGUCCCCGAUUGGUUCGCUGGACGACGAGAAGAAUAAGAGGGCGAGCCUCAUCCUGAGUGACAAGAAGUAUCGGCAACACCCGGACACCAUCAAAUUCACGAGUCUUCCCGACUCAAUGCCCAUGGUUCUGGCAAAGCACAACUCUGAAAUCAUGAACCAGCGUGCGUACACGUCAGCCUGGGAGAAAGAUAAAACCAGCAUUCACAUUAUGCCGGAUACACCUGAUAUUUUGCUGGCCCAGCAGAACAAAGUGAACUACAGUGAGAAACUGUACCGACUUGCGAUGGAGGAAGAUAAGAAAAAGGGCUAUGACAUGCGAGCAGAUGCCAUUCCUAUCACAUCUGCUAAAGCUUCCAGAGACAUUGCAAGUGAUUACAAGUACAAGGAAGGCUAUCGCAAGCAGCUUGGCCACCAUAUUGGAGCCCGUAACAUUGAGGAUGAUCCAAAGAUGAUGUGGUCGAUGCACGUAGCCAAGAUCCAGAGUGACAGGGAGUACAAGAAAGCCUUUGAGAAGACAAAGACACACUUCAGUAGCCCAGUGGACAUGCUGGGAAUCGUGUUGGCCAAGAAAUGUCAGGGGCUGGUCAGCGACAUUGAUUACCGCCACUAUCUGCAUCAGUGGAUCUGUCUACCAGACCAGAAUGAUGUUAUCCAUGCUAGGCAAGCCUAUGAUCUACAGAGUGAUAACUGCUAUAAGUCUGACCUUCAGUGGUUACGAGGCAUUGGUUGGGUCCCAAUUGGUUCCCUGGAAGUUGAAAAAGCCAAAAAGGCAGGAGAGAUCCUGAGUGAUAAAGUAUACCGUCAGCCUCCGGACACAAUUAAGUUUACGAGCAUCCCUGAUUCUGUACCAAUGGUCUUAGCCAAGCAGAAUGCGGAGACAAUGAAUAAGCGUUUAUAUACUGAGGCCUGGGAUAAAGACAAGACACAAAUCCAUGUAAUGCCUGACACACCUGAAAUCAUACUGGCAAAACAGAACAUGCAAAACUACAGUGUGAAACUCUACAAGCAGGCCAUGGAAGAGGACAAAAAGAAAGGCUACGACUUGAGAAGUGAUGCUAUCCCCAUCCAAGCUGCCAAAGCAUCCAGGCAAAUUGCCAGUGAUUACAAGUACAAGGAAGGCUAUCGGAAGCAGCUUGGCCACCAUAUUGGAGCCCGUAACAUAGAGGAUGAUCCAAAGAUGAUGUGGUCAAUGCACGUAGCCAAGAUCCAGAGUGACAGGGAGUACAAGAAAGCCUUUGAGAAGACAAAGACACACUUCAGUAGCCCAGUGGACAUGCUGGGAAUUGUGUUAGCCAAGAAAUGCCAGGGGCUGGUCAGUGACAUUGAUUACCGCCACUAUCUGCAUCAGUGGAUCUGUCUACCAGACCAGAAUGAUGUUAUCCAUGCUAGGCAAGCCUAUGAUCUGCAGAGUGAUAACUGCUACAAGUCUGACCUUCAGUGGUUACGAGGCAUUGGUUGGGUCCCAAUUGGUUCCCCAGAAGUUGAGAAAGCCAAAAAGGCGGCAGAGAUCCUGAGUGAUAAAGUAUACCGUCAGCCGCCGGACACAAUUAAGUUUACUAGCAUCCCGGAUUCUGUACCAAUGGUCUUAGCCAAGCAGAAUGCAGAGACAAUGAAUAAGCAUUUGUACACUGAAGCAUGGAAUAAAGAUAAGACUAUGAUUCAUGUCAUGCCUGACACACCAGAAAUCCUGCUAGCUAAACAAAACCAGAUAAACUACAGUCAGAAAAUGUACAGACUAGCUUUAGAGGAGUCGAAGAAGAAGGGUCAUGAUUUGCGUUUUGAUGCCAUUCCUAUUCAAUCUGCCAAAGCAUCCAGAGAGAUUGCCAGUGACUACAAGUACAAGGAAGGCUAUCGCAAGCAGCUUGGCCACCAUAUUGGAGCCCGUAACAUUGAGGAUGAUCCAAAGAUGAUGUGGUCAAUGCACGUAGCCAAGAUCCAGAGUGACAGGGAGUACAAGAAAGCCUUUGAGAAGACAAAGACACACUUCAGUAGCCCAGUGGACAUGCUGGGAAUUGUGUUAGCCAAGAAAUGCCAGGGGCUGGUCAGUGACAUUGAUUACCGCCACUAUCUGCAUCAGUGGAUCUGUCUACCAGAUCAGAAUGAUGUUAUCCAUGCUAAGAAAGCCUAUGAUCUACAGAGUGAUGCGGUUUACAAAUCAGACCUGGAAUGGCUAAGAGGUAUUGGAUGGGUUCCUAUUGGUUCCGUGGAAGUUGAAAAGGCCAAGAAAGCUGGGGAAAUCCUGAGUGAAAGGAAGUAUCGUCAGCCAGCAGACCAAAUUAAAUUUACUAGUGUGACAGAUUCUUUGGCCAUGGUCUUAGCCAAGCAAAAUGCUGAGAUAAUGAACAAGCGUUUAUACACAGAAGCUUGGGAUGCAGACAAAACUUCAAUUCAUGUGAUGCCUGACACACCAUCAAUUUUGUUAGCGAAGGCCAAUGCAGCUAAUGUUAGCCAUAAACUUUAUAUACAAGCCUGGGAAGAUGCCAAAAAGAAGGGUUAUGACAUGAGAGCUGAUGCAAUUCCAUUCCGAAGUGCAAAGGCCUCAAGAGAUAUCGCGAGUGACUACAAGUACAAAGAAACACAUGAGAAGCAGAAAGGCCACUACAUUGGGUGCAAAACUGCCCAGGAGGAUCCCAAACUGUCGUGGGCUGCGCGUGCUAUGCAGCUGCAGAAUGACCGAAUUUACAGGAAGGCGUACCAUGAUUCAAAGUCCCAGGUCCACAUACCAGUUGAUGCAAUGUCAGUGCAGGCAGCCAAGGAUUGCCAGACACUAGUCAGUGAUAUUGACUAUCGUCAGUACCUUCACCAGUGGACGUGUCUGCCUGACCAGAAUGAUGUGAUCCAUGCCAGGAAGGCUUACGAUCUACAGAGCGAUAAUGUAUACAAGUCGGAUCUGGAAUGGCUGCGGGGCAUUGGCUGGUUGACAGAAGGUUCUGUGGAUGUGGUGAAAGCAAAGAAAGCCCAGGAACUCCUGAAUGAGAGGUUAUACCGCACACGUCCGGAUGAGAUGAAAUUCACCAGCAUUACUGACUCACCAGACGUUGUCCAGGCUAAGAUCAAUGCUUUGCAGAUCAGUGACCGUCUGUAUCGUGAAAACUGGGAUAGAGAUAAGACACAGGUUUCCAUACCUUCUGAUACUCCUGUAAUGCUGCAGUCCAAAGUCAACGCUCUCAACAUCAGCAAUAAACAUUACCAGAAGGCCUGGGAUGAGGCCAAGGCAAAAAGUUAUGACCUGAGAGCUGAUGCCAUUCCCAUCAAACACGCCAAGGCUUCCAGAGACAUUGCUAGUGAGUACAAGUACAAAGAAACACAUGAGAAGCAGAAAGGCCACUACAUUGGGUGCAAAACUGCCCAGGAGGAUCCCAAACUGUCAUGGGCUGCGCGUGCUAUGCAGCUGCAGAAUGACCGAAUUUACAGGAAGGCGUACCAUGAUUCAAAGUCCCAGGUCCACAUACCAGUCGAUGCAAUGUCAGUGCAGGCAGCCAAGGAUUGCCAGACGCUAGUCAGUGAUAUUGACUAUCGUCAGUACCUUCACCAGUGGACGUGUCUGCCUGACCAGAAUGAUGUGAUCCAUGCCAGGAAGGCUUACGAUCUACAGAGUGAUGCUGUCUAUAAGUCAGACCUGGAGUGGCUCCGUGGAAUUGGCUGGUUGCCUAAUGACUCUCCAGUUGUUAAGAGAGUGAAGCAUGCCCAGGAUCUUCUGAGUGAUAAUGUCUAUCGUACACCUAUUGAAAGCCUGAAAUAUACCAGUGUUGUUGAUUCUCCAGAUGUUCUUCUCGCUAAAGCAAAUGCCGAACAAGUCAGCAUUCCAAAAUACAAAGAAGCCUGGGAAAAGGACAAGACUAUGAUCCAUAUUAUGGCAGACACACCUGAAAUCAACCUAGCCAAGACUAAUGCUGUUAAUUAUAGUAAGAAACUGUAUAAAGAAGCUUGGGAUGAGGUGAAGACAAAUUAUGAUUUGAGAGCAGAUGCAAUCCCAAUCAAGGCAGCCAAAGCUUCUAGAGAAAUUGCUAGUGAUUAUAAAUACAAACUGGAUCAUGAGAAGCAGAAAGGACAUUAUGUUGGAGUUCCAAAUGCAAAAGCAGAUUCGAAAAUGCAGUUUGCCCUUGGCAUAGGCAAAGUUCAGAGUGAACUGGAAUACAAGAGACACUUUGCCAAAUGGAAGACACAGUGCCACCUACCAGUAGACAUGCUAUCUAUUGUAUCAGCUAAACAGGGUCAGUCUUUGGUCAGUGAUGUUGAUUACCGUCAAUACUUGCAUCAGUGGAUCUGUCUUCCAGAUCAAAAUGACGUCGUACAGGCUAGGAAGGCCUAUGAUCUUCAGAGUGAUGCUGUUUACAAAUCUGAUUUAGAAUGGCUACGGGGAAUUGGGUGGUUGCCAAAUGAUUCACUUGGAAUCAACCAUGUCAAAUAUGCUGGAGAUCUCUUGAAUGAGAAAAAGUACCGUACGAAACCUGAAACUCUUUCCUUUACUCCAGUGGCGGACCGAGUUGAUUAUAUCACAGCAAAGAAUAGUGGUGAAAUUCGUAGUGACAUUAAAUACCACAAAGCAUGGAAUGAGGUCAAGUCAAAUUAUACUCUAACAGAUACACCACAACUAGAUAUGGCCCGAGAAGCAGCCAGAAUUCUUAAUCAGAAUUUAUACAAGGAAAACUGGGAGAAAGAAAAAGCCACUGGUUACCUCUUACCUCCAGACACUGUGCAAAUCUGUCAUGCCAAACACUCAAAUGAUGUCCAAAGUGAGCUUAAAUACAAAGCUGAAUAUGUCAAACAAAAAGGUCACUAUGUUGGAGUUGCCAGCAUGAGAGAUGAUCCAAAACUGGUGUGGUUUGAGCAUGCGGGCGAGAUCCAGAAUGACAGACUGUACAAAUCAGAAUAUCACAAGACAAAAUCCAAAAUUCACCUCCCUCCAGAUAUGGUUUCAGUUGUAGCAGCAAAGGAAUGUCAGACCUUGGUCAGCGAUAUUGACUACCGCCAGUACCUGCAUGAAUGGACAUGCCAUCCUGACCAGAAUGACUGUAUUCAGGCAAGGAAGGCCUAUGAUCUCCAAAGUGAUAAUAUUUAUAAGUCUGAUUUGGAAUGGCUUCGUGGCUGUGGUUGGAUUCCUCUGGAUUCAGUGGAACACAAGAAAGUUAAGAAUGCACAAGAACUGAUAAAUAAGAGAGCAUAUACAAAAGAAGCCCUUGAUAACUUUUCCAAUUAUACCAGUGUGGUUGACACUCCCGACAUUGUUUUGGCGAAGAUGAACUCCGUCAAUCAGAGUGAUAUAAAAUACAAAGAAACGUUUAACCUUGAGAAAGGCCAGUAUAUUGGGUCUGAUGAUACUCCUGUGUUGAACCAUGCCAAAGACAUGUCCUUGCUAUACAGUGAUAAACGUUACAAAAAUGCUUGGGAGAUUAGCAAGCCCAUUGGUUAUUCUUUGGAUGAGAAAUAUAUUCCACUUGUUGGAGCAAAGCAUGCAAACUACAUAAAUAGUGAGCUUAAAUAUAAGGAAAUAUAUGAGAAGCUGAAAGGCCAUUACCUGGCUGGGAAGGAGAUUGAGGAUUUCCCCAGUGUCAUUCAUUCACUAGCAUUCCAGAAAAUGAGGAGCGCGUUGGCCUACAGAAAGAAUUAUGAAGACACCAAAACGAAUGUCCAUAUUCCAAGUGACAUGAUGAAUCAUGUGCUAGCUAAGAAGUGCCAGUAUAUCCUCAGUGAUCUCGAAUACAAAACUUACUUCCAUCAGUGGAAUUGUUCACCUGAAGAAAAUGAUGUUAUUCAAGCCAAAAGAGCCCAGGAAAUUUUGAGUGAUGUGGUGUAUAAAGAUGACUUAAACUGGCUGAAGGGACUUGGGUGUUAUGUCUGGGAUACUCCACAAAUCCUGCAAGCUAAAAAAUCAUAUGACCUCCAGAGCCAAAUAAAAUACACAGCUGCAGGAAAAGAGAAUUUUCAGAACUUUGGAGUUGUUACUGACACACCUCUCUAUGUGACUGCAGUGCAGAGUGCUAUAAAUGCCAGUGAUGUGAAAUACAAAGAAGAUUUCCACAAGACUAAGGACAAGUAUACAACUGUGACUGAAACAGUAGAUUCUGAAAGAGUUAAUAAUUUGAAAAAUCUCUUUAGCAAUAAUCUCUACAAGAAAGCUUGGGAAAAAGUGAAAGCAACUAGCUAUGCAAUGCCCUCUGAUGCUGUAUCCCUAGCACGUGCAAAAGAACUGAAGCAUAAUGCUAGUAUUGUAAAAUACCGGGAAGAAUAUGACAAGUUUAAAGCACUGUACACGUUACCCAGGGGUGUUGAGGAUGAUCCCAAUACAGCAAGGUGCCUUAGAGUUGGAAAGCUUAAUAUUGAUCGUCUGUACAAGGAAGUCUAUGAAAAGACUAAAGCCAAAGUCCACAUUAUUCCAGACAUGGUAGACAUAAUUUCUGCUAAGGAUGCACAGAAGAAAAUCAGUGAAAUCGAUUACCGCACACAUCUCCACGACUGGAUCUGUCUACCAGAUCUUCAAAUCAAUUCCCAUGUUCGGAAAGUAACAGAUCAAGUCAGUGAUGUGAUAUACAAGGAUGAUCUUAACUGGCUGAAAGGUAUUGGCUGCUUUGUUUGGGAUACUCCAGAAAUUCUCCAUGCCAAACAUGCCUACGAUCUUCGCAGUGAUAUUAAGUACAAAUCUAAGGCAGAAAAGAUGAAGAAUGACUACACUGUGGUCACAGACACUCCUGUCUAUGUCCAGAAUGUUCUCAGUGGCUUGAAUUUAAGUGAAGCUGUUUAUCGUAGUGAAUAUCUGCACAACGUUAAAGGCAAAAUGAUUCCCACUGAUAAAACAGUAGAUUUGGAGCGGGCGUAUCAUGCAAACAAAAUACAGAGUGAAAAUUUGUAUCGCUGGGCUGGUGUGAAUGCUCUGCCCACUGGAUACAGCCUUCCCACAGACACCCCCAGCUUUCAGCAUGCUAAACAUGUCCAAUACAUUGGAAGUGAUUUGAAAUAUAAAGAAGCCUAUGAACACAUGAAAGCUAAAGGCUAUACUCUGGGUCCUAAAGAUGUUGGGUUUGAAAAUGUGAAGAAAGUGAAUCAAGUCAUUAAUGAGAGGUUGUAUCGGGCAACAUACCACAAGUACAAGGAUAAGAUUCAUACCACUCCAGACACGCCAGAAAUCCGUCAAGUCAGAGCAACACAGGAAGCUGUCAGUGAUCUGAUCUACAAGUCAGAUUUCUUUAAGAUGCAGGGACACUUGAUUUCCUUGCCAUACACUCCUCAGGUGUUGCACUGCCGCUACGUUGGGGACAUCACAAGUGAUAAUAAAUACAAAGAAGAUCUGAAGUGGUUGAAGGGCUUGGGCUGCUUCCUGUAUGAUACUCCCGAUAUGGUCCGUGCUCGUCAGCUGCGUAAGCUUUGGUCCAAUUAUAUAUACACUGAUACUGCAAAGAAGAUGUGGGCUAAAUGCAACUUAGUAUUGGAUACUCCUGGAUACAGAGCUGUUCAGGAACUAAAAACUCAUUUGAGUGAACUGGUUUAUAGAGCUGCAGGCAAGGAGCUGAAGACAAAAUACACUUCCAUCCUUGAUACACCUGACUUCUUGAGAGCCAAGCAAGGACAGAAAAUACAGAGCCAGUACUUGUAUGUGGAACUUGCCACAAAAGAGAGACCCCAUCAUCAUGCUGAUGGUCAGACACCAGCCUUUACGCAUGCUAGGAAUAUAAAGGACAUGGUCAGUGAGAAAAAGUAUAAAACCCAGUAUGAGAAGAUGAAGGACAAAUACACGCCUGUUCCUGACACACCAGUCUUGAUCAGAGCCAAGAGAGCGUACCUGAAUGCCAGUGAUUUGCGAUACAAAGAAACCUUUGAGAAUACUAAGGGCAAAUACCACACAGUGAAAGAUGCUUUGAAUAUAGUCUAUCAUCGAAAGGUCACCGAUGAUAUUAGCAGUGUGAAAUAUAAGGAAAAUUACAUGAGCCAGUUAGGAAUUUGGAGAUCGAUCCCAGACCGACCAGAGCACUUCCAUCAUCGCAUAGUCACGGAUGCUAUUAGUGAUGUUAAGUACAAGGAAGACUUAUCAUGGCUCAGAGGCAUUGGCUGUUAUGCAUGGGAUACUCCAAGUUUUGCUCUGGCAGAGCAGAAUAAGGUGCUCUACAGUGGGUGUAAGUACAAGGAGAUGUUUGAGAAGACUAAGUCUCAUUUUAAGUAUGUAGCUGAUUCUCCAAUUAAUGAGCACUUUAAAUAUGCAACUCAGUUGAGGGAUAUGAAGUUAUAUAAAGCUACCUAUGAGAAGCUCAAGGAUAAGUACAGUGUUAUUGUGGAUGAUCCUAAGAACCUCCUGGCCAAGUGGGCGACUACAUUGAGCAGUCAGGUUCAAUACAAAAAGGACUAUGAAAAGAAGAAAGACAAGUACACUAUCGUUGUAGAUACUCCAGAACACUUAAGGACUACAAAAGUCAACAAACAGAUUAGUGAUAUUAUCUAUAAAUUGGAAUACAACAAAGCGAAGCCAAGAGGCUAUACUACAAUCCAUGAUACACCUAUGUUACUGCAUGUGCGCAAGGUGAAGGACAGAAUAAGUGAUCUGAAAUACAAAGAAAUGUAUGAGAGGAAUAAAUCUCACUGCAAUGUCGUAGCAGAUUCAGUUCAUAUUAAGACUCCCAGGCAUGCUUACAAGCUAAACAGCAAUCUGGAUUAUAAAAAGAAAUAUGAAGCAGCCAAGGCUCAUUGGCACUGGAUUGCUGAUAGGCCUGACUUUGUUCAAGCAGCCAAGUCGUCUCUGCAACAGAGUGAUUAUGAGUACAAACUGGACCGGGAAAUCCUAAAGGGAUGUAAACUCUCUGUCACAGAUGAUAAAAACACAGUAUUGGCCUUAAAUAAUGCCAUCUUGGCGAGUGAUAUAAAAUACAAAGAGAAGCACAACAAAGCUCGAGGGUCAUACCUUGUGGUUCCAGAUACACCUCAGAUCCUCCUGGCUAAGAAUGUCAGCUCUCUUGUAUCUGAGAACAAAUACAAAGAACACAGCAAGAAGCAACUUCCACAUGGGUCUUACACAACCCUGCCCGAGACACGAGACACUGCUCAUGUGAAAGAGGUGACCAAGAAUGUCAGUGAGACAAACUAUAAAAAGAAGUUUGUGAAGGAGAAAGGCAAAUCUAAUUAUUCUGUCAUGCUGGAGCCUCCUGAAGUGAAACAUGCUAUGGAAGUUGCUAAAAAACAGAGUACAAUUGAAUACAAGAAAGAUGCCAAGUCAAAGCUCCACUAUACACCUAUUGCAGAUCGACCAGAUAUUAAGAAAGCAACUCAGGCUGCCAAGUUAAUUAGUGAUAUUGAAUAUAAAAAGCGUGGAGAAGCUGGCAUUGGUGUAAGCAUGCUAGGACGUCCAGAUAUUGAACUGGCAAAGGAGGUGUCCAAGCUAACUAGCCAGGCAGAAUACCUCAAACGACAUAUGAGAGGGCAUGGAGCUGCAUCUUAUGAUACCCCAUGGAUGAGAACCUUUAAGAAAGCUAAUAUGCUAAGUAGUCAUGUGAAAUACAAGGAGAAUUUUUCCAAAGAGAUGGGUAAAAAGCCAAAGUAUGAUUUAAAGGAGGCUAAAAUCUACAAGACCAUGAAAGAUGCUCACAACUUGGCUAGUGAGGUGAAAUACAAGGCAGAUUUAAAGAAACUUCAUAAGCCUGUCACUGACAUGUCUGAAUCGCUGAUCAUGAACCAUGUCCUGAGUACAAGCCAGCUCGCCAGUGCUUACCAGUACAAGAAGCAAUAUGAGAAGAGUAAGGGUCACUACCUUGUGGUGCCAGAUAAUCUUGAACAGGUUCAUCUAAGGGAGGCAUCAGAACUACAGAGCCACGUGAAAUACAGAGAAAAGUAUGAGAAGGAAAAAGGAAAACCUAUGUUGGACUUUGAAACACCAACAUACCUUACUGCAAAGGAAUCUCAGCUCAUGCAGAGUGAGAAAGAAUAUAAGAAGGACUUUGAAGAGAACAUUAAGGGCAGAAACCUUACUGGCUUGGAGGUUACACCAUCCUUAUUACACGUCAAAUACGCAACCAAAAUAGCAAGCGAGAAAGAGUACAGGAAGGAUCUGGAGGAAGGUGUCAAAGGCAAAGGACUAACCUCUUUAGAAGAGACUCCAGACAUGCUAAGAGCAAAGAAUGCAACUCAAAUCCUGAACGAGAAAGAGUACAAAAAAGCCUUGGAAUUAGAAAUCAGAGGGAAAGGUCUGACAGAACUGGCUUUGGAGACACCAGAUUUUGUGAGAGCAAAGAAUGCCACUGACAUUGCCAGCCAGAUCAAAUACAAACAGUUGGCAGAAAUGGAGAAAGCCAACUACACCAGUGUUGUCGAUACUCCGGAGAUUAUUCAUGCCCAGCAGGUCAAGAACCUUUCAAGCCAGAAAAAGUAUAAAGAAGACGCAGAAAAGAGCAUGCCUUACUAUGUGCCUGUAGCAGACACACCAGAAAUACAGAGAGUCCGUGAGAAUCAGAAGAACUUCAGCACACUUCAGUACCAGUGGGACCUUCAGAACAGUAAAGGAAAAGUUACAGUUGUACAAGACACACCAGAAAUGCUGCGUGUGAAAGAAAACCAGAAGAAUUUCAGCUCGAUUUUAUAUAAAGAAGAUAUUGGAACUGGAACUACUAUUGAAAAGACACCAGAGAUGCAGAGAGUUAAACGAACCCAGGAUGCAAUCAGCUCGGUUAAAUACAAGGAGAGUAUUGGGAAAGGAACUCCAAUUCCUGAUCUUCCAGAAGUGAAGCGUGUCAAGGAGACACAGAAGCACAUCAGUUCGGUGUUGUACAAAGAGGACCUAGGGACAGGUAUCCCAACACCUGUCACUCCAGAAAUAGAGAGAGUCAAACGCAAUCAAGAACACAUUAGCUCGGUGUUAUACAAAGAGGGCUUAGGGACUGGCAUCCCAACAUCGGUUACUCCAGAGAUGGAGAGAGUCAAACGUAAUCAAGAGAACAUUAGCUCGGUGUUGUACAAAGAGGGGCUGGGCAUUGGAACCCCAGUACCUGUCACUCCUGAGAUGGAAAGGGUCAAACGCAACCAAGAAAACUUUAGCUCGGUGUUGUACAAAGAGGAUCUGGGGACAGGAACCCCAACACCUGUCACUCCUGAGAUUGAGAGAGUCAAACGCAAUCAAGAGAACUUUAGCUCGGUGUUGUACAAAGAGGAUCUGGGGACAGGAACCCCAACACCUGUCACUCCUGAGAUUGAAAGAGUCAAACGCAAUCAAGAACACAUUAGCUCGGUGUUGUACAAAGAGGAUCUGGGGACAGGAACCCCAAUACCUGUCACUCCUGAGCUUGAGAGAGUCAAACGCAAUCAAGAACACAUUAGCUCGGUGUUGUACAAAGAGAGCGUGGGGACUGGGACCCCCACUCCUAUCACUCCAGAGAUGGAGAGGGUCAAACGCAAUCAAGAAAUCUGUAGCUCGGUGUUGUAUAAAGAGAACAUAGGGAAAGCAACCCCAACACCUGUCACUCCCGAGAUGGAAAGAGUUAAACGCAAUCAAGAAAUCAUUAGCUCGGUUUUGUACAAAGAAAAUGUGGGGAAAGUGACCCCAACACCAAUCACUCCAGAGAUGGAGAGAGUGAAACGGAACCAAGAAAUCAUUAGCUCGGUGUUGUACAAAGAAAACCUGGGGAGAGCAACCCCCACCCCUCUGACUCCAGAGAUGGAGAGAGUCAAACGCAAUCAAGAACACAUUAGCUCGGUUGUAUACAAAGAAGGCUUAGGGAAGGCAACCCCCACUCCGGUUACUCCAGAGAUGGAGAGAGUCAAACGCAAUCAAGAACAGAUUAGCUCGGUUUUGUACAAGGAACAUCUGGCAAAAGGAACUCCAACACCAAUGACUCCAGAGAUGGAGAGAGCUAAACGCAAUCAGGAAAACAUCAGCUCGGUUCUUUAUUCAGACAGUUUCCGAAAACAAGUACAAGGCAAAGCUGCAUAUGUACUGGAUACACCUGAGAUGCGGCGGGUGCGAGAGACCCAGAAAAACAUCUCUACAGUGAAAUACCAUGAAGAGUUUGAGAAAAGCAAAGGUAGUUUCACACCUGUAGUUACUGACCCCAUUACAGAACGCGUGAAGAAGAACAUGCAGGACUUCAGUGACAUUAGCUACAGGGGCAUCCAACGGCGAGUAGUGGAAAUGGAGCGAAAGCGCGUGGACCAGGAUCAAGAGACUCUCACAGGUCUUCGUGUGUGGCGCACUAAUCCCGGGUCAGUCUUUGACUAUGACCCAGCAGAAGACAAUAUUCAGUCCAGAAGCUUACAUAUGAUCUCUGUCCAAGCCCAGCGCCGAAGCCGGGAGCACUCCCGCUCUGCCAGUGCCUUGAGCCUCAGUGGUGGCGAUGAGAAGUCUGAACCCUCAGAUGGUGUGGAUCAACAUUUAUCCUACUACAGCAGUGGGGGCCUCUUUGCCACUACAACAGUGGGCUACAAGCACACUAAAACCAUAGAGUUGCCGCAACAACGGUCAUCGUCAGUUGCUACCCAGCAAACGACAGUAUCAUCCGUUCCCUCUCACCCAUCUACUGCUGGGAAGACCUACCGGGCCAUGUAUGACUAUAUGGCAGCUGAUUCUGAUGAAGUUUCCUUCAAAGAUGGUGACACAAUUGUAAAUGUACAAUCCAUUGAUGAAGGCUGGAUGUAUGGCACCGUCCAGAGAACAGGCAAGACUGGCAUGCUGCCAGCCAACUACGUAGAAGCUGUCUAAACCCAACCGUAUCUUCCCAUAAAGCGCAUCAGCAUGGUAUGGACUCACCGGCUCUGCUCAAGACAAGAGCCUUAGGAAAGGGUUUGUAAAGCUUUCUCCAGAGUGCCUUAAUGUCUUCCAUGUUGAUAGCGCCUUAUGAACUGUGUGGGGGAAAAAAGUAACUGCAGAGCAAAAUACUCUUGAAACAUCCUUCCAAAACGUAUUUGAAAAUUACCUGUAAGCACACUACCAGGCACUGCUCAGAACAGUAUUUCUUCCAAUGCCAAAAAACCCCACAACUACAUUUCUAAAAUAUUGCCUGGAUCUUUCAAGCACCACACACCAUCAUGCAUUUAACUAUGCCAGAACACAAUCCAGCUCAGUGUCUCCAAAGUUUUCCACACGUACUUAUGACUAAGAUUACCAAAUAUUACUUUAUUCAUUCUCUAUAGAGAGUAUUUUCUUGAGCUAUUCUAAAAUGUUUGAAUUUGUUCACUUCUUUUCCAUAUAAGCAAUAUUUAAGCUUAGUA